AUGGGAGGCAGAGCGACGCGCGUCGUCGUCGUCGUCGUCGUCCUCCCGCGCAACCGGUCGCAUGCGUUCGCCGCCAUUUCAGCCGCGAUUUUGACGUUCCCAGCAAGUUCUGCUGCCUGUCUGUCGGUCUCUCGGUCGAGAAGUCCGCCGGUCGAGAAGUCGGUUGGUCGGUUGGUGGGUUGGUCGGUUGGUUUGGUUGCGGAGAUGGGGGACUGCCGACGGAAAUCAGCUCUGGAGUCUGGCUGUGACUGCUGUGACUGCAAGGGUGGAUGGACUGCAGAAGGCAUUGAAUACGCCUCGACGGUCUGGGUUGCCAACUGCGUCCAAGACAUGGACAAGGUGACGCGUCUGGGAGGAACGAACGCGGGCAUGAAGCAGUAA